AUGGCUGAAAGCCAUGAAUUCCGCAGAAGGGUUCUUCUGCUUGUCACAACAGGAGGUUUCACUCAUGCAGCUCCCGUUCUUGAGAUAGGCGCUGUUCUCGCCUCUCGAGGCCAUGAUGUCCAAUUCGCUACCUGCGCAGGCCAGGAAGAUUGGACAAUUAAUUAUCCCUUCAUAAAAACCGUUUACACGGUUGGCCCCGCUGCUUCAGAAGAUGACUUGGAUCUGCACUACGAGACAAUGCGUCUUUGGCGUCAUGAGCACGGCUUCGGUCCCAUGAUGAAGUCGAAAUACUUUUUUGACAACUUCUGGACAGAUACUUACAAAUCUCUUCGAUCGUUAUGUGAAGAUGGUUCUACGAGGCCUGAUUUUAUCGUUGCAGACUUCUUCGCUGAUAGCGCUGCGAGGGAUAUGCUCAAGCAGUUCAAUAUCCAACUAGCGAGCGUCUGGCCUCAAAUGCCUUAUGCCAUGGCUCCUGUCAGUUAUCAUCCGGGACAACCUGGAUUCCAAGCCGAUGGUGCGUUGACUUCGGAACAUGCUUCUCUAUCAUCACGGUUCUGGAACGAAUUUGUGGUUCUUGCGGCGCUUCCUACUAUCAUCCCCUGGUUAAUAUGGACGAAACGAAUGCGUGUUGAUGCUGGCGUCAACUAUAGCCACUCUCUUCUCUCCAAGCCUGAUUAUCUUGUUCUUGUCAACUCCUUCUGGGGCCUUGAAGCGCCGAAGGAAUUGCCGCCUCUUAUGGCACCUGUUGGACCUAUCCUGAGCGACGAAUACCUUCCAUUGGACGAAGACUUGGCUCAGUUUCUAAGUAGCCAUGAUAGGACCAUCUACGUGUGCCUGGGGACACAUGUUAACCUUCCGUGUGAAGAACUUGAAAAGUAUCUCCUUGGAUUCAUCCAAGCUCUCGACGAUGACUCGAUCAAUGGAGUCAUAUGGUCUAUUCCCCAAAAGUCUCGCGCCAAUUUCGACACCUUCAAGUCUUAUAAUCUGUCUGAUGGUUCGAGCAUAUCCAUUACUGAUCUUCUGAACGAUUCCCACCCGCGUUUUCGGCUUCCCAUCUUUGCACCACAGCGCGCUAUCCUAGCACACCCUAAUACAGUCCUCUUUCUCACUCACGGAGGCGGCUCCAGUGCCAACGAAACUCUCUUCCAUGGAACACCAGUCCUCGCUGUAGGAUACUUCUUCGACCAGCUCUGCAACAGUGCCAGACUAAAAGCCGCCGGUGUGGGCAUAUCUCUGGAUAAAUCCUACCUCACACCAUCCUCCAUCUCCUCCGCCAUUGCAAGCAUCAUAACUGACAAGGAUGGCUCCUUUGCCAUGAACGUGCGUCGUAUGCAAGGAAUAGCAACCCUCAACUCUAAACGCAAACACCUUGCAACUGAUCUUAUCGAGGAAGUAAUGAUAGAUCAAGAACUUCGAUUCAAGAAUGGGGUUGAGUUGCGACCGAUGCAUCUACAGACAGCGGAUAUGCGUAUGCCGAUAUGGAAGGCGAGAAAUUGGGACAUGUGGUUCAUCAGCCUCACUGGUCUUGCAGCUGGCGGUGUGGCAAGUUGGUGGUUUGUAACAAAUGGCUGGAAGAAAUUACCCGUCAUACUGAUACGCUCUAUGAGAAUUAGUAGAGGCUUUGCGAGGAAAAUGUUUGAUAGUCGAAGAGCAUGA